GUUGCCUGUGUUGCAUAUUGAUUCCCUCGGUACUACGCGGGAGUCAAUGUGCAACACAUCUGCAAGUCUUUAUUUUAGGUUAAUUGUGUUUUUUGAAACAAAAAUAGUUGAUUUUUAAACAAACUAAAAUGUCGCAAGAAUUUAUAACAAACUUUCACAAUUUGAAUGGUGUAACAAUUGGCGAACGCCGGAAGAACUUGUUCCUCCUUUUGAAGGCAUACAAAAAAGACGGGGGCGACUUGAACUUCGCCCAUUUGCAACCGAGAACUUUUCUCGAAGAGAAAUUCAGAGUUGACGUACUGAUUUAUUUUAAAAGAGUAGAGGAAUUGAUCGAAGUGUUGAAGAACGAAAAGACAUUUCUCCUCGGUCGUAUAUUCAAAGAGCGGUGGUUUCUGGAGGCGUUAUGUAAAGUUAGUGCUAAGGACUUGAUUACUGAUGUAUUCCCGAAUGUGUCAUUUAGGGUGAAGGUUAAAAUUGUUAACAAGUUGGCUCUUCGUUUAAACGACGCCAACCGAGCUACUGAUUACUUCGAAGCUAUCAAAGACAAGUAUGGUUUUUACUUAGCUGCGAAAUUGUUACCGUCGUGCUACCCAGAUUUUAUACUUGAUUUUUUAGCAACACAUAACUUUAAACCAACUUGGAAGCAAGCGCUUCUCAUCAUUAAACGUUAUCCCGAAUUGACCAAGGAAAUUUUCAGCAUGUUAAUGGAUAAGUACAGAGAUGAAGACAAUUACUUACUAAUUCGGCACAUUGCAAACUGUGAUCCUGAGCUGUUUCUUGAGUUGAACGAAAAAUUUAAGUUACGCAUGCGCUUAGGUUGGAGAUUAACUGAAAAGUUCGUCAACGCACAUAGAGACGAUGUUAUUAGGAAACCCCAAACUUACUUCUUGGUUUUACACAAACGUACAAUUGUAAAAACGUUAAACAACAAUUUUCGCUCUCUAUUUGUUGGUUUGCUACCGAAGACGCUGGAGGAGUUUAAAAAUGUUGAAGAUUAUCUACUUUCAAUAAUGAAACUGGUACCCCGUAGGCAGAAACCGAUUGAGUUAUGGCUUGAAGUUUUUCAGCACACUUACGGUUGUCUAUUCUGGAAUUACCCCAUAUUUCUUAGCUUGGAAUUUGUCGAGAUGUUACCAUUGGCAGUGCGUCAUCAGCAGCUUAGUAUUGAGAAUAGGCCUGCGUUUGUCAACGAAGAGGUGUGGGUUCCCUAUUUGCCCACUGACAAAUCUCUGCGGUUUUUGAAACAGAAACUGGAGCUGUCCUCCGCAGUGAAAACAAGAGAACAACUCGUCAACUGUUUGGUGUUGACUUGUAAAUUGAAUUCUAAUACCGAUGCGCUGCUGGAUGUGUGUGGUUAUAUGUUGAGUAAGCAUCGCAAUGACAAGGCGUCUGUACACCGGAGCUUUUUGUCGGGGUUGUUGAGCCACUUUGAACUGGAAAAGUUAUCACCAAAGCAUUGGGCUUUGAUUAAUGAGUUUGCAAAUUUGUCAACUGAGAAUGAUCACGAGACGCAUGCUAUUAGAGAAGCAUACGUCCAUUACCUUCUACUGAACAAUUUGCCUGUAAAAGAUCUACUGAAGGAGUGGAUUCGGCCUUUCAGUGAUUUGCUUAUAAUUCCAAAGAACCCACACUUCACUCGAUUGUGUUUAGUAACAUUUGGAGAGAUAGUCAAUGAACUUGAAGACCUCUAUGAUUCUUGGGCCCCGUAUUUUAUUCGUCAAGUGAUUACAUGGAAUGAAAGUCACCUCGGGGACAACAUCUCCGUCUUCCAAUAUGCAAGAUUUGAAGAGUGGUUUUCGCGAAAGUGUUCUGAGAACAAAUUGGAUGCUUUGGAUAUACAGAUCUUGGUUUACCGCAUCAAACACUCACAGUCAAAGAGAAAGGAGUAUUUUGAUAUUUAUUUAUCGAUCGAAUACUUAUAUGGUAACUACGAAAUCCUCAAUUGGCUUCUGCAACACGAUCUACAGCUUGUCGCUGCCUACAUUGGGGCAAUUACAUCCAUGAUCCUACAAAAUUUCACCUAUACACGGUUAGCCGCAUUUCUUCGACAGACUCGUAAUCUCUCACAUUUAGAAAUACCCCAGAAAGUAGUGGCUUUAUGUACGGUAAAAUUACGUGAGAGCAAGGAUCGCAACUCUGCACUUGCACUGUCAUUAUUACAAGACUCACCCCAAUUCGUCGACCUAGUACGCGAGUACUACCCCACAGAAAGAGAGGCCGACUACAAGACACCCGAGGGUCGUGAGCUCUACGCCCUUCUGCAAGUCAUCGGGGGUUGCCUCAAACACUUGAAUCCGCCAUCGGCAGCCUUAGAAAGUAUUCUUAUAUUUUGCAAAGGUGACUAUUUAAAGUUGGUACGUGGCUCCCUCUAUUCGAUAGUCGACAGCGUUAGCGAGAACAAAUUGGUUCCAUUCUUCGCCGAAUUAAUCACUCGUGCUGUUUCCACGCGUAAGCAUGCCCUACAUUUAACUUUUCGUGUGUUGGACAAAUCGGAGGUGCAUCGAAUAAUAACGCGCUUCAUGAACAAAGAAAAAAACGCCUCCUUGCGUAAGGUCAUUUUCAAAAUUUGCUUCAACUUCUUCGUGAUGAACCCAGAGGAAUUCACAUGGGAGUUGGUUACAUUAAAUCUGAAGGAGGUCGACCUGGAAGAUCAAGAAGCAAUCGAGAUACUACUGCAGAUCGAUAAAGUUCCUCGCGAAUACAUUGUGGCGUACAUUUUAUUAGCUUGGGAGGCGUUACACAAUCGUCCUGAUCCCGAUAAUCGAUGGGAGGCAAGUAAAGGAUCUGUGUUACGAUCAGUUUCGCCCCAAUUAAUCUCAAAAAUGCCUAACGAAUUUUUUGAAAAUGUGAUUAGCUUGUAUUUUUUAAAAUGUGACACUUUGACUCAUUUCUCCUCCACUGUAAAUACGUUUGUAUGUAAGUAUAUACUUCACUGUGACAACCAGAUUGAGCAAAUGAGGCGAUUGACGUCCUGCUUUGGUAUUGUCAGCAAAUAUGUCACAAGUUCUUGGAAUGAUCCUAGCAGAAGAACAUCGGCCCGCAACACCACCAUAGACUUUUUGAAAGAAUUCUGUGCGCCAUUUUUAUCGGGCGACUAUUACAACAAGGAAAUUUUUCAAGCCUUUGCUACGAUGUGGAACACCGUCUUGGAACCACAACAAACUUUAGAUGAGUAUAUUCACUUGAAACUUACUUACAUCACAUUGGAACUUGACAGUUCCUUAGCUGCAAAAUUGGAAGCACUGUGCGAUGAACUAGUAAGCACUUACGGCCAAAUUAUCAUUGGUCUUCUUUGUAAGAAGAUUAACUUCUUCUCUCGAUAUUUCUUCAAGGUUAAUUGUAAAAGUGAGCGCUACUCAUUAAUUGACUCGCUGAUUCACAAUGGCAGCUCCAUUGCUUGCUUAAUACUAGCAAUAUUUUUGCUUGAUGAUACUAAUCCUAAAAAAAUCGAUAUAAAAGAAAAGUACGAUAUAAUCAUUCAAAAACUUGAGAAGUGCCAGGAGCCAGUUAUUCAAUUGUAUUUAUCCAGUCAUAUGGGUGGAAAUAUCAAUUUGUAUUAUACAUAGAUAUUAGUAGCUUAUGUCUGUGAUCUACCUCAUUAUAUAAGUGCAGCU